UAGGACCAAUGCUUUUAAGACUCCCACACUCCCUGUUAGCUACUCGGGAAAAUAUACGCCACCUACUGACGUGCGACAGCAAAACCAAGGAGCGGACAGUCACCGUGCUUCUUCUUGUAUCAGUGGUCAGCGCUGCUGCCUUGUGAAACUAAGCACAAAUGCCCCCAGACUGCCGCUGUCACGUCGGCCUGGACCUGCUCUCGUCUUCGGGCCUCCUUCGCUGAGAGAAUGAAAGGAUGGCCGAGCGGCGCUUCGGCGGGGACCACGAAGUGCUGACGGAUGCUGCGGCGGCGGCAGCAGCAGCGACUCGCCGGGCUGAGCGGAAGCACCAUGACGAGAUGAAUUCAUCGGAGGAUGCCGAGGACCUGUCUCUGGAGGAGAUACUGAAGCUUUACAGCCAGCCCAUCAAUGAGGAGCAGGCAUGGGCGGUGUGUUACCAGUGCUGCCAGACGCUGGCGAAGACCCACCGGGGUAAAGGGAGCCUCGCUGGCGCCGCCGCCACCGGAGCAUCCUCGGUGGAGGCGGCGGCGGCGGCGGCUCCGCUUAGGAUAUCUGGACCGGGGGAUGUUAGGAUACAGAAAGACGGCUCGGUGAGGAUGGACCAGCACGGCUGUGAAGGUAAAUACAGCCCUUCAACAACAACUGAGGUCAUUGAGUCUCUGGGCAUCAUGAUCUACAAGGCUCUGGACUUCGGUCUGAAGGAAAACGAGGAGAGGGAACUCAGUCCUCCGCUGGAGCAGCUCAUCGACCUCAUGACCAACUCGGCCGAGGCCGAGAAGGAGGCCUGCCUGGACGAAGGCUACGAGGCCACAGAAGAAGAGGACGAGACGGACGACGGCCAUGGCAGCAUCUGCGGCGUUCACAGCUACACAGAUAUCCUGAAGCUGUGCACAGCCCAUCUUCCCAGUGUGUCGGACGCUCCGAGUCACUACCAGGCAGUGUGUCGAGCUCUGUUCACAGAAACCAGGGAGCUGCGCACCUUCCUGGAGAAGAUCAAGAGUGCCAAAGAGAACCUCCGAAAGAUGGAGGAGGAAUCCUCAGAGGAGCCGGUCCGAGACCUCAACGAGCUGCAGAACGCCGACUGGGCUCGAUUCUGGGUGCAGGUGAUGAGGGACCUGCGUGAAGGAGUGAAGCUGAAGAAGGUGCAGGAGCGUCAGUACAACCCUCUGCCGAUCGAGUACCAGCUCACUCCGUAUGAGAUGCUCAUGGACGACAUCAGGUCCAAACGCUACAAGCUGCGCAAAGUCAUGGUUAAUGGAGACAUCCCACCGAGGUUAAAGAAAAGCGCUCAUGAAGUCAUCCUGGAGUUCAUCAGGUCCAGACCGCCACUUAAUCCUGUGUCGGCUCGUAAGCUGAAGCCUCAGGCUCAGCCUCCUCCGACCCUGCAUGAGCGGAUCCUGGAGGAGAUCAAGGCUGAGAGGAAGCUUCGCCCGGUUUCACCCGACGAGAUCCGCAGAGGACGGCUGGUAAUUCGGCCUCUUAGCAUGUCUUUCAGUUUUGAUGCGUCAGAUGAGUUCAGUCCGUACAUGGGCAGGAGGACGUCCAGUACUCUGUCUCUGACCAACGGGUCACGCUCUCCCAGAGUAGAGCCCUCCGGAUCUCAGUCCGUCCCUCAGAGGAAGAAACUCCUGAAGGCGCCCAGCCUGGCUGAGCUGGACAGCUCCGACUCUGAUGACGAGUGGGUCGGGCGCACAUCGGCAAGCAACUCCAGCGUGGCAACGUCUUUGAUGGAUGAUACGUCCCCAGAGUCUGCACUGGGAAAGAAAACCCCUCCCAUGUUCCUGCCCAUCUCCUCCACACCUCAGCCAGAGAGGCGUCAGACCCCCCAGAGGAGACACUCCAUCGAGAAGGAAACGCCCACCAGCGUCCGACAGUUUCAGCCGCCGUCCAAGCAGAACUCCAAGUCUCUGACCGUCGGGGCGACAGCCUCGCAUCCUUCCUGGAUCACUUCCCUCCUGCUUCUCCUCCUCCACCCGUCUCCCCCAGCUCUCUAUUCUUUGCAGAGCUCCCACCCCGCUGAGGCAUUUCUGUUGGGUUUGGUCAAGGUGCUUUUUGUUCUGUGCAGAAGUGUUUGCAUCAGACGAAGGGAAUCACUUAAGGAGGAGUUUUGUUUCCCCGUGGAGUGUCUGUCUCUGACGGUGGAGGAAGUGAUGCAUAUCAGACAGGUGCUGGUGAAAGCAGAGCUGGAGAAGUUCCAGCAGUACAAAGACAUCUACAACGCCAUGAAGAAGGGCAAGCUUUGCUUCUGCUGUCGAACCAAAAGGUUUUCCUUCUUCACCUGGUCCUAUACCUGCCAGUUCUGCAUAAAGCCUGUGUGCUCACAGUGCUGCAAAAAGAUGCGGCUUCCAUCUAAACCGUAUUCCAGUCUCCCGAUCUACUCCAUCGGAUCCACCAACACUCUGCCCAAAGACAGAAUAAGUGCCAUGACUGCCGUAGGACAAGGCCUCUCUGUGGCCGGAGGGCCGGGGCCGUCAGCGGCAGCGGGAGGGGCCGCUUCCACCCCGACUUUGAAAGGAGCUACGAAGGCAGCAUCUAAAGGAGCUGGGAAAGCUACGGGAGCAGCUGCAGCUGCCAAGGCUGACAAACCGUCAGGGAGCCAACAGCGCCACAGUAUCCACAAAACCAUGUCCAAGCUCUCGAAGCACGGCUCUCUGAAGUCUCACGAGGAACUGGAGCUGCCCCCCGAGCUAACGGAGGACUGGGCCACCAUGGAGGUGUGUGUGGACUGCAAGAAGUUCAUCUCUGACAUCAUCGCCUCCAGCAAGCACAGCCUGUCACUGGCCACCAAGAGGGCUCGCUUAAAACGCAAGACGCAGUCCUUCUACAUGUCGUCCCCUAAAGGGGCCGAGGGCUACAGGCCCUCGGAACGAACAAUCAACGAAAUCUAAAGGCGCCCGUGCUCAGCCGGGUCGCAGAGAGCGGUCGGAACGACUCACAUGAACUUUUAGAGACAAAGUUUUCCUUUCCUCCUCAUCAUGCACAGCAACUCCACACAACUGCAUGUUGCAGGGACCGCCAGUCUUUUUCAGUUCUUGCCCCCGCCCCUUUCCCCUAGCCAACAUCUGAGUCUUACUCUGCUCCGCCCACAAACGGUCGACGUAAAACAACCUGAGAGUCCGAGUGGACUGACAUCUCACCACUGAUGGCACAAGAGAGCGGUCCAGGUCAACUCAGAUUCAUUUAAAAGCACAAACCAGAGGAUUAAACAGAGAGAGAGAGAGAGAGAGACGCUCAAGAAAACACAGAAUAUAAAGCUGUAUAUUUUAUAUGGGUUAUAAUUUAGUUUUUUACAUGUGUGUUUGGGUGUAUGUGUGUGUUCUGUAAAGGGUCGCGUCUGAAAAGAAAACAAAAAGAAAAAGGAAAAGCCACCUUCUAUUUUAGGUUUCACCGAUGGACACAGCUCAGGGAGAUGUUUCCUCACUGCUGCUGUCAGCCCACCUGAGAGCUUCGCUCUGCUUGUUUCUCUGGAGGAAAGGCAAGACGUUUCUGACAGAAUUAGAACCAGACAGAAACAACGUUUUGUUUUAAAUAUUCAUUUGUGCCAAAUACAGUUAUACUUUUUUUUUUUUUUUGACA